GAGGGGAAAGCCGCGCCGGAGGUUUUAUACGCGGGGCGGCGGCGGCGGCGCGCCGUCUCCUGCCCGGAGCCAUGCGGGGCCGGGGGCUGCUCUGCGGCAUCGCCCUCUCGCAGCUGCUGCUGCUGCUGCCGCCGCCGCCCCGUGCCGGGGCCGGCGCGGAGCCGCAGCCCGAGGUGGUGGUGCCGCGCUGGGCAGCCCUGGGGACCCCCAGCAGCGAGAAGUAUCCAUACAGAGCUGAAGUUAAGGUAAAGGCAGAAGGCCAGGAGCUCAUCUUGGAACUGGAGAAAAAUGGAAACCUGUUUGCGCCAAGCUACACUGAGACUCAUUACAGCCAGACUGGACAAACCCAGAGCAUCUCUCUGACCCACACGGACCACUGCUUUUACCACGGGGUGGUGAGGGGCUGGGAGCGCUCCAGUGUCAUGCUCAGCACGUGCCGAGGGCUGCGAGGACUUAUUGUACUGAGCAGCAAUUCCAGCUAUAUCUUAGAGCCGGCUCCCGACAGCCCAAACCAGCACUUGAUUUACAGGUUGGAUGAUCUGAGGUUGCAGAGAGGAGCCUGUGCCUACCAGGGCACUGGGGCUGCAGCUGAAGACUGGCUCAGGGACUUCACAGCUGGGAUGAAACCACCCCGCCAGAGGGUGAAACGGGAGGCUCUGCAGGCUACAAAGUACGUGGAGCUUCUGCUCGUGGCAGAUUAUGCAGAGUUUCAGAAGAAUCACUUCAGCAUCGAAGCAACAAGACUUAAAUUAGUGGAGGCUGCUAAUUACGUAGAUAAGUUUUACAGAUCCCUGAAUAUCCGGAUUGCCUUGGUGGGGCUGGAGAUCUGGAGCAAUUGGAAUAAAUGUGAUGUAACUGAGAAUCCUUACUCCACCCUGAAGUCCUUUCUGGCCUGGAGUAGCAAGGAGCGGGUGCACAGAAAACACGAUAAUGCCCAACUAAUCACGGGUGUGCCUUUCCAAGGUACCACAGUAGGCUUGGCUCCUGUGAUGGCCAUGUGCUCUGAAUUCCAGUCAGGAGGAGUAAACAUGGAUCACUCUGAUAACGCCAUUGGUGUGGCUGCUACCAUUGCCCAUGAGAUGGGACACAAUUUUGGCAUGAAUCAUGAUUCAGCUGGCUGCUGUACCACCCCUGCAGAAGAUGGAGGCUGCAUCAUGGCUUCUGCAACUGGGCAUCCAUUCCCCAAGGUGUUCAACCAGUGCAAUAGAAAAGAGCUGGAGAAGUAUCUGCAGUCUGGCGGAGGGAUGUGUCUCUCCAAUAUGCCAGAUACCAAAAAAAUGUAUGGUGGGAAGAAAUGUGGAAAUGGCUACUUGGAAGAAGGGGAGGAGUGUGACUGUGGAGAGGUGGAGGAAUGCAAUAACCCCUGCUGCGACGCCAGCACCUGCUCCCUGAAGCUGGGUGCCGAAUGUGCCCAUGGCAGAUGCUGUCAUCAGUGCAAGCUGAUGUCUCCGGGAACUCUCUGCAGGGAAGGGUCAGGACUCUGUGACCUCCCAGAAUACUGCACUGGCGAGUCACCGUUUUGCCCCCCCAACUCUUACCAAAUUGAUGGGUCUUCCUGCGAUGGAGGAAAGGCUUAUUGCUACAGCGGCAUGUGUCUCACAUACAAAGAGCAGUGCUUGCAGCUGUGGGGUCCUGGAGCCAGGCCAGCACCAGAUGCCUGCUUCGAGAAGGUUAACGCGGCUGGAGACAUCUACGGGAACUGUGGGAAGGACAUCUACGGCAACUACAGGAAGUGUGAGAUGAGAGAUGCUAAAUGUGGGAAGAUCCAGUGCCAGAGCUCUGCUUCCAAACCCCUGCAGUCCAAUGCGGUGGCCAUAGACACAACUAUCCGCAUGCAGAGGACGGAGCUGAGGUGCCGAGGGACCCAUGUGUACAGAUCUGAGAAUGAAGAAAAGGAGAUGUUGGAUCCUGGCUUGGUGUUGACGGGAACAAAAUGUGGGAGCCAUCAUGUUUGCUUUGAGGGGCGCUGCCAGAACACAUCCAUCAUCUUUGAUUCUGAAAGCUGCAGCAAGAAGUGCCACGGGCAUGGAGUCUGCAAUAACAACAAGAACUGCCACUGCAACCAGGGGUGGGCCCCCCCAUUUUGCAACAAGCAGGGAAGGGGAGGAAGCUUGGACAGUGGUCCCCCCCUGCCCGAAGGCCCUUCAGCAGUUGUGAUAACUCUUGCAAUCCUGGCUCCUGUUCUCCUUCUCAUUGGAAUGAUGUUUUUAUUCUAUUAUCUGAAAUGCUGGAAUAAAUUUGCCAUCUGUUCUCUAAAGAAGACCCCGCAGUUCAGUGACACCUCUGGAAGCGGGCACGCAAACCCUGCCUUCAAGCUGAAAACCCCCCAGGAGCAGAGGAAGGUGAUUGGCUUCCCUGAAAUCCCAUCAAAACCUUCUCCCCAGCAAGGGCCAGGGCUCCGACGCCACACGCAGCAGCCAUCCACCUUCUCCACUGGCUGCGGCGUGGGGCAGCCCGCUGGGCAGGCACAGCCGGCGUUUCCGAAGGACGUUUCCCGGCGGACACCCCCGAGCAGGCCAGCUCCUCCUGCUCCCAAACCCCCCGUCUCUCAGGAUAUUUCUAGGCCCCGGCCACCCCAAAGAGCUUUGCCAGCGAAUCCUGUCCCAGGCAGAACCAGAGCCUGGCUGGGGAACAGCCCCACCAUCUCGCUGCCUCCUGCACACACCAGGACCCCAGGACGACUCCAGCCGACGGCGGAGAAUACCGGUGUCAGGAGAGCCUGAGCAGCAAACAUCUUGAAAAUGGGACAGCCGGACUCCGGUGGGCACUCAUGAAGCAGUCUGCUCCUGGCUGGCUCUCACCUUCACAGGGGACUGGAUCACCUUCAUCACCCAGAAAAACAUUUAUGACCGCAGAGAGUGUCUCAGUUCCUCUCCUCUAGCAUCACCUCUUUCCUCUGUGACUCAAGCUGCAGUCAGGCUUGGCAGGAGUGUCCCCAGGAACUGUGCUGGUACCUGCCAAGCUGAACUCAGCCCUCUCUGCUGAUAGCCUUUUUCAUAUAGGGACGACUUGUUUAUAUGGUAUUUAAAUAUUAUUGUGCAAUAUCCAAUGCAGGAACAGGGUGAUGGGGGUUUCACGUGGUUUUAAUCAAUUAUUUAAGUGUUACCAGGCAGAACAAGCUGUAAGUGCAGGUGCUGGCCCUGAUGGGCUUUCAUGUAAGACCUGUUGGCUUCCUCAGCCCAUCCAUGCAGCCGCAGGAGCAUACGUUGGUGCUAUACAGAAACCACUGCCUCUUGAGAGCGCAGGAGGCAGCCAUCGAUAACUUUCUUCAGUUUAUUCUCAGUUUACAGUGGGUGGCAAGUGGGGCCACAACAGGGAGCAAACCAGGGAAAUAUUCUGGUUAAAAUAAUUUGUGGGUCACUAUGGAUUUUGAUUAGCUUUGGUGUAGUAGAUUAAUUCUUUUCCCCAUAUUAGGCAUCUUCAGCAAGAGCAUUCCAGCACUUGCUUGUCUUGCUUCAGUGCUGCAAGACCCAAUAGCAUCCCCAGCAUGGCCCAUCCGCUCUGAUCUGUGUCACUGGGACACAGUUAAGGUACGACAGGGAAACUCCCUGGCCAAGAUACAGAACAAACGGCCAGAAGGAAGUUCAGCAAAAGCCAGUGCUGAAACCUCCUCUCUGGCACACGGUACCAUGGAUCAGUAGACACUUUUGCACAUCUUCUCAGGCUUUGGUCUGUGCUGAGCAGUAAUUCAGCAUGGGCUGCUUGUUCCCCAUACCAGUGAGAAACCUACCUUAAAAUUGCCCAGGUGGUAAAACAGCAGAAAUAUUAAUGCAACACAUGGUGCUUUUGUAGGGCAGCUCAUUUACUCCAGGUUUUUCCUCCAGGACACGGAUGGAGAGAGUUACCUGUGUGCACUUUAAGCAGCUGAUGGUUCUGACCUUGAGGACCCUCCCUUAUGAAUUUGGGGGUUUUUUUCUCCUAAUAGUUUGGGGGUUUUUAUGUUUUUUCUCAGGAUUUUACAUUAAGUCCUUGUUAUGCCAAAUAUUUUCUUUUUUUUUUUUUUUGUUUCCCUUCUUGAAAUGGUUUCCUAGGAGAUCACAGAGAAUUCUGGAACUAUGGUUACAACAGUUCUGUUGUGCCUGAUUUAUUAUGGACAAAUCCUCAAGCAGCAUGAUUGCUGCUGCACAUGUGAGAAACUAUUAUUGGCAUAAAAAAGUUUUUUCUGAUGGUUCUCUUUCCCUAAGCUCUACUAAUUGAAAAAAAAAGCAGAUAAGCCCUAAGGACUCAUUAAAUUUCUAGUUAUAUGUAGCAGUGUAUCUAUAGGAUGACUUAAACCACAUUAGUUUUCGCAACUUUACUACCUCUUUCUCCACAAGGAAACAGUACACAGGGUCUGUCUUGAAUUUCUGCUUGGUUAUUUCUUAUCCUGAUCAUUUUGGACCUUUUCUUACCUUCUAUAUGCCUCGAAAACAAGCCAACCUGCAACACUUCUCUCUGAAAUAAGGGAUGGCAAGUGAAAGACAUCAGCUUUCUAAUCUUUACGUGUCUUUUUCUAUAGCUGGGGGGGUAUUACAUUUAAACAACAUGUAUUUAAACAGCCCCCAAAUUUGUUGUCUCUUGGGAUGGAGCUAAUGUGGCUAUGGAAUAGCAUGUGCUACUGCUCACAGGUGGAGCAGUAAGCUGGGUACAGUCUCUACGUACACUGUGGUAGGAUAGAUUCAACCACAAAAACUUGAUCUUAUAUCUGAGCCAGCAGCAUACUUCUGCUACAGCCCCCGAUCUUUAUCAAAUGGCCACCAAAAUAUCAGUAAAAAUAGUUUCACUGCAUUUUAUGUGAGCACGGUGUCAAGCUUUUAAAAAAAUGCCCCUGGACACACAAAGCUCGGAACAACCAGACAUACCCAAACUCUCAUGGAAAACUUUAUUGCUGAAAUAUCAUAAAACCUCCAAAAGGUAGUUUUAAGUAAGCAGUUUUAAAUUUUCAAGUGUACAAGUUGAGUGAAUGAGAAUAGGGGAACUGCAGGAGGAGUAAAAGAUGGUAAAACCUGACUUUUUGAAAGAUAAUGUUACUUGGGAGAAUGUAUACCAAAAUACAUCUCACUUUCUCCUGUGUCCACAAAUUAAUGGUUUACAAUAAUGCUCUCUAUGCAUCUAUGCAAAUACUUGAAGAAUGCAAUUCAUUGUGCCUUUUGCCUAGUUUUAAUAAAUUUGUCAGUUGUCAUUAACAAA